AUGGAAGAUGAGAAGAAAAGGAAGAGGGCAGCUGAUCACGGUUGUGGCGGGGAGAGGAGGAAGAAGAGGAGAAAAGAUGUGGAGGAUGAAGUGGUUGAGGCGGAAACCGCCGCAGCUCAGCCGUCGGAGGAGGAGGUGGAGGAGUUUUUUACUAUCUUACGCAGGAUGCACGUGGCAGUUAAGUACUUUGAGAAGAGUGGGAGUAAUAGUACCUAUAUCGAUGUGGUUAACGGCGACGGCGGUAAGAUGACGGAGUCACCAGCUGAGGAAGGAGUUCAGGGCGUUAAAAUUGGCGGUAAAAGAGAUGUUAAUGGUGUCGGUUUGGAUCUCAAUGCGGUUCCGGAAGCGGACACUUAA